AUGAAGUGGUCCACGUGGAUUCCUUUUCUUAUUUUAUUAAUUUUUUAUUCUGAAUGUAAUGCGAAGAGGGGAGGACGUGGAUCAUCUGCAGUUGGAAGACAUUAUUCAAGAAGUAAAUCAUAUUUUACUAGGAAAUAUUCAAAACCUGGAUCCAUCGAACACACGUCAAGUUUUCGUUCAUUUGUUUUUGGAGCAACAUCCGGUUUGCUAUUGUUUAAUGCCGGAAGACAUAUUAUUCAAGACUCGUCAGAACCUAUUUCAUUCGGAAAUAGGAAAUAUUUCUGGGGAGAAUCGAAAUACGUGCCAGACGAGGAGCUUCCUGUGCAAUGUAUCAACAAGAUCGAUCCACAAGAUCCUCAAUUCGGACGAGUAUUCUUUGAUAACGAAUCUCGACCGCAAGAAAUAGUUUACGCUUGUCCGGCUGAUAACAACUGUUGUGGAUAUGAUUGUUGCACCGAAUCAACCAUUUUCACUUCCAUUUUCGGUCUCCUAGUCAUCUUACUCAUCGUCUCAGUCGUCAGUAUCUUCGUAAUCGAAGGUUUCCGUUGGUGUCUUCAUUUCACUUAUUUCUGUAAACAUGGACGUGCUCGUGACUUCGAACCCCUCAGCAUCUGA